AUGACCACAGUUAUAGAGCUGGCGGAGGAAUGUUUUGUGGAUGGUAAGAUAGUGUCAAGUGUUCACAAUGUAGGAUUAUAUCAUGAGACAGAAACUCAGAUGGAUGAGGAUAAAAUUGAACCUGAGACUAACAAUGAUGAAGUAAACAGUGAGCUACAACAGAAUAAUGAGGAUAUGGACUUGCGGGCUCAUUUUACAAACGACCCGCACAAAAUAUUCCUAAAAAUAUUUCCCAAAAACAUUUCCUUUCCCAAAAAUAUUUUUCAUUUUCCCGCUUAUCUCUCCUUCCUUUCUCUGGUUUCUCUGCUCGUUCCCCUCUCUUGUUCUCUACGCGCAAAAUUCAACAUUCACAAGACUCACAACACACUCCGCACGAGUCAUCGCGCCGCCGCUGUUGUUCCCCCACCACCGCUGCUCCUUCCCCUCUCAGGUUCUCUGCUUGAUCGUUUUACUUCUACCUUCUUCCAGAUCGAACUAAUUCAGGUUUGUUCUUCGAAUGAUAGAAGACAUACAACUGUACAUUUGGCUCAAGACUUGGAACAAUUGCAACUGAAUGUGCAAGAGACGGGUUGUAGUUUGAACUUUUUGCCACCAAUGCAACAAGGAAAGGACGACUAUUUGAGCUUUUUUCAGGCCACUGUUAGCGUACAACUGUGCAUAACUCUUUGAAAGGCCUUAUAUUUGUUGCCGGGUGAGUCACCAGGAAUCUUCUCAUCCUUGGAAGUAUGCUUUUGCAUGAUAUUGGAACCAAUGUUGAGAACGCUCAAGCAGGCGACCCAUCUGGCAAAGGCAUCAAAGACUCGGAGUUCAAAUUCAGCACCGGUAUUCAAUAAUCCGAGGAAGCGGCCUUUCAUAUUUGAGGAGAUAUAUGAAGUUCGAGAAAUGUUGGCAAACUUCAUUACCAGUGAUUGUCUUUGAUAUUUUCUUGUAUUGAAUCUUAAAUUAUGGAUGCUAGCUGGUUUUUCAUAUAAUUGUAAUGUAAUCGACUUUCAUAUUUACAAAUAUAUACUAUUUAAUUUAAUUAUCUAUAUAAUUGGAUACUUUUUGUAUGA